AUCAGGUGAUUCACAGUGGAAAGUUUAAAGAGCAGAGUGGGAGCUGCUGCAUACACCAGCAGAACAUGCCUAGAAGGGGCAGAAGCAGCAACACUCAUUUCUCUGGAUAUGGUUAUUGACUGCAGUAGGAGUUACCAAGUCUAGGAGCCCAGUAUGGACAAAGCAUCUGAACUCAUGUGGCAGCUGGAGGAGUCACCUGACAAUGUGGAACGGCAAGAGCAGAGCCCUGAUGAUGGAGACACAGCAGAAGAGCUGGAGCAGCCUGCACACAGCAAGGAUGAGCUACCCCAGAGCCAUACCCACCUGUGGGAGACUCUGGGCAGAGACUUUAUAGAAUAUGAGCAAGUGGCUCCAUUUCUCAUCCCAGAGGAGCAACAGAGAAGGCUGCUAGAAUUUCUUCCUCUGUUCUUAAAGGCCUGGGAACAGUCUGCUGGAGUAAUUGUAUUCCCCAACAUUCAGCUGUUGGCCAGUGAGGUUUCCAAGCUUCUGACUAAAGAAAUUAAGAGGAACCUCAAUGGGAAACCUGCAGAAGAAGCUCGUCUGGCUUUGGAGCAAUUGCUGAAGCAGAAAGGGGAAGCAGGAGAUGGCCAUUUGCUCCUGAAAUCAGUGUAUCUGCUCUCACAGACUGACAUGAGGACCAUGUGGAACAUUAUUGGAUCUGGACUCCCAGCUGCUCUGAUGCAAUGCCUGUACCUUUUCUUUACUGUCCCUCUGAAGAAAACCAGUGAUGACAGGGAGACAAGUGAGGAUGAUGCCCAAACUCAGGAAAUGCUUGUUAAGAUAAUGCUAAACAUGUACAAAGAGGAACAAGGCAUAGAGGAACUGCUGGCAGCUGAUAAGCUUCAGUCAUUAAUUAUAGCAACUUCUUCUCUGUGGGACCAGUGCAGCCACUCGUGGAAAGUACCUACAGGCUGUGUGCUAAGAACCAUUUCAAAGGCUCAGACAAAAACCAGCAUUGUGUAUCUACAAGCUGUCGACUGCAUUAAAAUAGCUGUUCAGAAUCUCUUUACACUGGCUGACACACUGCCUGCUUGUGAUGUGUGUGAAGCUGCCAGCAUUGUGUUGUGCUUUGUGAAAGAUUCUUAUCCUGUAUCGUCAGCUUUAUUAACAGAGUUUGAAAAUAAUGAUGGCUACCAACUCCUGCUAAAAAUUUUACUCAGAUGCGAGGGUUUGCAGCAAAAUGAAGGAGACCCCUAUCUGGAUGAGAUCUUGGACAUGCUGACUUGCCUUACAACCUGUGGAAAAACUGAACUCAAAGUUUCUGGCAAUAUUGUGCACCCACAAUUGCCACAUUUUGAUUUUGAACGGACACAGUCUUCUGGAAUGACAGUGAAAAACCUCCAGCCUUUCAAGGUGUUGCAAUCCAUUUUCCAGAGAAGCAAUGAUCAGCACUUGUGUGGAAGAAUCUUGGCAGCAAUUGGUACCAUAUGGGCUUGGGACAGAGUGAACUUCUUUCUUCUGGAAUGGACACUGCAACCUAUCAACCAAUUCACUGACAUCAUUCAUUUCAAACCACACCCAGUCCAAGUCCAGUUCUUCAGACUGGUGGAGUCCAUAGUCCUGGACCUGUCCUAUGUUCCUCAUGAGAUCUUGAAGAAGGUUCAGUAUUUGAUAAAGGAAAACGUAGUGCCAUUCUGCACCUUAACAGCUCUCCAGUCCCUUCUCAGCAUGACCCAGAAGGACCUGUUAUUUAGUGAUAUUUUCCGUGACUCUGGGCUCUUAGGCCUGCUGCUGGCACUUUUGAGGAAGGAAGCCAAGAUUUUGAGGAAAUCAGCUGGAACUCAUCUGCCUAGCCUGAAAGAAGGCACUGAGAAGGAAUUAAAUGCUGUGAUGCUGAACAUGGUGGCUGCCCUUACAGCAAGGUCUGUGAGGAACACGGUUGUUCUGAAGGACUAUGGAAUGGUGCCAUAUAUCAAGAUAUUUUUGGAUGAUGAGUGCUACAGGAGUGCUACUCUCAGCAUCUUGGAGCAGUUAUCAGUCAUCAAUUAUGAAGAAUAUAUGAGCAUUAUUAUUGGGGCCCUCUGUUCUUCCACUCAAUGGGAACUGCAUCUGAAACUAGAUCUUCUGAAGUCACUCUUGAGGAUACUGGAGAGUCCCAAGAGCCAUUCAGCUUUCAGAACCUGCAGUGGAUUCAAUGGGCUCCUGUCCCUCCUCUCAGACAUGGAAGGUGCAUUGCAGGACCCUCCAUCUGGGCAGUGGGCAGCAGUUGGACAGAAUUGCAUAUUGGAGCUGGUUUUCUAUGCUCUUCAGGGGAUAACUGCAGCCCUGCACCUAGACCCUGUCAACAGCACCUUCUUCCAGAGGAAUGGCCUCUUUGAAAAGAUGGCAGAGGAUCUCGGAUCGCUUGGAUGCUUCUGGGCAGAAGGGAAAAGGCAAAUUCCUGUGAGGCUUGAGAAGACAAGGACAUUUGCAGAAUUCUUGCAUGCAGCAUUCUGUUCUUCAGAACCUCUCCCAGAAUGGCUAAAAAACUGCAUUUGGAUUCUGAAUUUUCUUGAUCGUAUGGUCAAAGGAACCCUCCAUCAGGAAAGCUACUUUAAGGAGAAGCCAGAGAUGGGAGAAGAAGCAAGAGAUGAUCAGGAGGCAUGCCAAACUCAAGAAGAGCAUCCUUUUGCUUUCAAAAGACCAGGCAACAAAUUACCUGCCUCUGCCUAUGUGCUAUGGGGAAACCCUGAAGAGAAGUUGGAAAUGAGAGACUGCACCAUUGUACACCCAGGUGCUGUCUGUGUCAUGGUGAGAUUGUUGCCAAAGCUGUACAAAGAAGGAUAUGCUCAGCUUUCCCAGGAAAUCCAAUGUGCUCUGGUUGAUCAUAUCCAGUCCUUGGUGAAGUCAGAGAAGAGUCGUCAGGUGAUGUGUGAAUCUGGGCUGCUGAGCACCGUCAUAACCUCCUGUGAAGAUGCUUUCUGCAGUGACAGUCACCCCCUGCACCUGCCCCUCACUAGGGUGUUUGAGAAGCUCGCAUCACAGGCUGUUGAGCCACAUGUGUUAAGGCAAUUUUUGAGGUUGGGAGGUUCCCCAUUAGUACCUUCUAGGCCCAGCACAAACAAGACCAAGGUCCUUUCCUGUGAGGGGUGUGAUUCAGCUAAAGCAGGUUCAGAAGAGAAUGUGGUGGACAGUAAAUCUGAUCCUCAGACCAUUGUGGCCGACAGGGCCUCUCCUUGGCUGUCUAAGGGAUCUGCCCUGGCACUCCAGACUGCCAUGAGUCUCAUCUCCAUGACAUCACCUCGGAACUUCCAGCUGCACAGCACUGCUUUAGCUCCAUCGUUUGUGGAGUUUGACAUGUCCAUGGAAGGCUACGGGUGUUUAUACCUCCCUACCUUGGCCACUGUCAUGGGAUCCAGUGCAGACCAAUCUGUCUCAGGAGGGACUGGCAUGGGCAGCAGAACAUUCCCUCCCUCAAGUGGCCUGACACUCUCCUGCUGGUUCCUGGUCAGCAAGUUUGGUUUGGUGCACAGCAGCCACCCACUCCGCUUCCUUACCAUUGUGAGGCACAUGUCAAGAGCAGAGCAAGAAUUUGUUUGCUUUUCUGUAAGCUUCUUCCCACAGGACCUUUCUUUGGUCAUUUCUACAGAAGAAGUAGAAUUCCAGCCACUUGAUAUUAUGGAACCUGAGGGUGAGCUUCUAAAUCCCUCCCCAUUUCCAGGGCAAGUCAAGUUUGGCUGUGGUAAACUUCUGGUCACUGGCCAGUGGCAUCAUCUCACAGUGACAGUUGCUAAGGAAGCAAAGAAGAACUGCAUUGUGUCAGCUUAUAUAAAUGGUCAGAUGCUUGGCUCUGCAAAGAUGCAGUAUCUCCACCCUUUACCAGGUAGCUGCAUUUCCAUGGAACCCUCUGCCUUUGUUGAUGUCUAUGGGUACAUAGCUACUCCUCGGAUUUGGAAACAGAAGUCCUCCUUGACCUGGCGCCUUGGUCCCACAUAUUUGUUUGAAGAAGCCAUUUCUGUGGAAACCAUAGAAGUUAUUAUUAAGCUUGGCCCUCAGUAUUGUAGCAACUUCCAAGCAGUACAGCUUCAAGGUGAGGACCAGUGCAGUGAUCGGAUCAUCGCACCUCUGGUGGCAGAAGAUAAGAUUUCUUUUGGAAUCAAUGCCGUGUGCUCGUCUCUCACCACAGUCCAAGAUAUAAAGAGCUCCUACAAUGAAGUGGAUGGUCGGCUGAUUGCCAAAGAGAUUGGGAUUAAUUCUCGGGACAGUUCAACUCCAAUAUUCCUAGCUAAGAAUAUUGCUGGACACCUCUCAGGUUCCUUGCGGACUAUUGGGUCAGUUGCUGUGGGCCAAUAUGGGGUAAGAGUGUUCCAGUCCUCCCCAGCAGCUACCAGUCUGAACUUUAUUGGAGGCCCUGCCAUUCUCCUGGGUCUCAUUGCUAAGGCCCGUGAUGAUCACACCAUGUAUGCAGCUGUCAAAGUCCUGAACUCCAUCCUCAACAGUAGCCCCUUGAGUGAAAAACUGAUGAGGCACAUCCAUGGAUACCAGUUGCUGAGCUACCUAUUGAAGAGGAAAACUCAGCUGCUAAACAACAGGAUUUUACAGUUAAUAUUCUCCCUAGUGGGCACUGCUGAGCUGGGCUUUGAGUCUUCUGUCAUCAAGAAUUAUAGUGCAUUCCAGUAUGUUCUCUGCAACUUUGAGCUUUGGAUGAAAGCACCAGAAAAUCUUGACCAUGUUCUUCUUUCCCAUCUUGUAGAGAUCUUGCAGUCCUCCAGAGAUGCAUGUCAGAAUAUUGCAAUGGCCUACCAGGUGCAAAUGGUACCCAAGCUUGUUUUCCUUUUCAAUGAUCCUGAAAUCAGCAGCUCCAAGAUCACUGUGGCCUGCACUAUCCUGUCCCAUCUCUUGCAAGGAUGCUUUAAUACAAGGGAUAUUCUCAGGAUUGGAUUGUUCCUCGUUUACACCUUGAAACCUUCUUCUGUGGAUGAGAAUCAGAUUUACCUGGAUAGUGUGGCUGAGAGGCCCACUGAAGCCUUAAACCAAACAUCUGGAAAGACAAUCUGUCUUCGAAACCAGCUACUGAAGAUGCUGUUAGAUGUAAUACGCUCAGACAAACCUCACCUGUCCUCUGAGGAAAAAGAAAAGACAUUUUUGGCACUGGGGCCAGACUGGUUUCUGCUGUUCACACAGAGCUACCUGCACUUCAGCACAGUUGUCCUGGGAAUCAAACUGCUUCUGUGCUUCCUCCACGAUCGUUUGCUGCUGAACAAAUUCAAGGAGGGGAUAGUGGCUGGGCGUUGGCUGGAAAACAGCUCUGCAGGGUUGAACAUUCUCAUGGAUAAUUUGAAAAGUCAUCCUCUGGUGCCUGACAAUGGCUCCUUCUUGAUUUUUGGAUUUUCUGUAUUGCAAAGAUGUCUGUCUGAUCAUGUUCACAUCCCUGAGAUCUACUUGGUUGUGGCAGAGCUCUUUCUGGCAACUCCACAGUCUGAACCCCCUGAAGGAGUCAAGAAAGAUCUUGAGUCUAUGUUGCAGUGGAUCCUGCAGCACCACCUUAGAGAGGAUGUCCUCAAAUUUGGGUUGUGUGCAGAGGCAGCUGUGUUACUGCUGGAAAUGGUUCGAUUCACUGUGGACAAGCCUAUUGCAGAUGCAGAGGCCUCCUGGGCGAUUGCCUAUCCAGGGAAUGUUAUCGAGUUUCUGUGCUUGGUCUAUCACAGUUAUACACAGGACCCCGUGUGGCACUGUCCCGACUUCUUGAAAACUUUGGCUACGCUUGCUUUUCGUUCAGGACCACCCAAGGGUGGGUCUGAAGGCCUUUUGACCCCUGAUGGUCCAGCCAUUGCCGAAGGGAAAGGCUGUGCUGAUCCCUCCUCUCUCCCACUCCUACCACACCCUGCCAAGAAACAAGUGUGGGAUUUUGUGCGAGUCCUCCUGAUGGACAGUCUUCUCAACAUCCCAGCAAGCAAACAAGGACAUCCCCUUGAGCUGCUUCUUGAGGCUUCUCCAGAAGAUGCCACCAGUGAGCAGAGGAGACUUUUUCAGACAAAAGUUCUGCUGUCUGCUAUGGAUGUCUUUCAGGUUACCAGCCAAGGCGAGGGGAAAACGAGGCCAAGAGCGAGCACUGAUCCUCAUGGUACUUCAGAAUCAGCUGCACCCCUAUCCAUGAUGAAUAUUGCUUAUUUUGUUCAGAAGUUGGUUGAGAAACUGAGCAGCAGAAUGUUUGUAGCUGACCCCAAGCAAAUCCUGAUCUUCAUUGCCAAACAGAUUAUGUGUGUCUUAGAAAGCUCUGUUUCUCAAAAGGAAGUUUUCCUCAGUGCCCUGUACAGCUGCUUAAACAGAGCCAUCCUAUACUGCUUAUCCAGACCACAACAAUCACUGCCUGAACAGUUUAAUGUCCUGAAUACUCUCAUUGUUCUGCAAGAGCAGUGGGACAUUAUUUUUGCAACUUACAACUCAAAUAGUAAUUUUGUCAUCUGCCUGAUGUACUGCCUUUGCCAACUGAACUCGGGCAGCUGUUCAGAAGGUUUUGGGGUGGAUGCAAAACCAAAGCUGGCUUCUCAUCACCAAAUUUUCCUUGCACCAAGUGAAGAGGAAAAGGGCAGCCUGCCUACUCCAGAUGAUGUCCGCCAGGAGAUUCUGAGAACAGUAGAAAUCAUCUGGAAGCAGCUCAUUUCUCAGAGGCGGCAGGCUCUGGAGGACAUUUACAAGAUGGAUCUUUCUGUAAAAGGAAAUGACAAAGAAAGGGACAUGAAGAUAACAGAAAUCACUCCUUUAUGGGAAGAAAUUAUGACAAAAGCUUGGCAGCACUUGCUAGUAUCUGAAAAGAAGCUUCUCCAGAAUAAAGCAGGGCCAAGCCUGUCCCAGAGCAAGCACAAUUCCUGGAGUGAAAGCCUCUCUUCAGCUAUUAGGUUCAUACCUGGCCGAAACACAAAGGAAACGUCAUGCAAAUCAGAGGGAUUUGUGUCAUGUAUGGAACGGUACCGAAGAGUUGGGCAGGAGCUCUAUGCUUCUCUGUACAAGGACCAUGUACAGAUGCAGCAGUGUGCUUACAGCAAAGCAGCCAAGGACUGGAUGAUACUUGAGGAACAACUUUUCUACAGAGGGGGCCCGUGGAGAGACACUUCACCAUCAUUAGAGCCACGAUGGAUUCUUGAUUGCUACGAGGGGCCCUCACGAAUGAGGAGGAGGAUUCAGCACGUGAACACCCAAGUGGCAAUGAUGCAAAGGAAGAGUGAGGUUCUCCUAGGAAACAGAAAGGAAACAACUUCCCCUACUGAAGUGAAUCGAGGAGAGCUGAUGUUAAAUGGAGCAGAGAGGGAGAUGGAUCAGAAGGGAUUGGAUUGUAACCAGCUAACAUUCUUCCCAGCUCUACAUGAAAGUUUCCAUUCAGAAGACUUCUUGGAACUGUGCGUGGAGAGACAAAUUAUAUUGCAGGAGUUUGCAGAGAGUGAAAAGGUGACGUUCAAGUGCUCCGUGGCAGUUGUGCAGGGUCAUACAGCACUGGAAGGGGUGCUGCUCUUUGGCCAAGAGCACUUUUACAUCUGUGAGUGCUUUGUGUUAUCCCCUCUGGAGGAAGUCUAUUGUACUCGUCACUGCUUGUCCAGAAUCAGUGAUCCAUUUAUUUUCAACUUAUGUCAUAAAGAUCAUGCUGUGGGAGACCAGAUGUGUUCCCGUUAUUCGUAUCAUGAUAUCAAAGAGAUUCAUCUGAUGCGCUUUCUCCUGCAGGAGAUCGCCUUGGAAAUAUUCCUCAAAAAUGGUUACUCCAGAUUUCUUGUCUUCCAUGACAGUGACCGAAAUAAGAUAUUUAAAAGAUUUUGCUCUUUCCAGCCUGCUUUGAAGUCGAAGGGGAUAACAGAAGAAUCCCUAAAUAUAAGCCAGCUCCAGAAGGCACUUGGGGAAGACAGCAAUGCCCAUUUUGCUUAACUCAAGACGGCGCCUUCCAUUAAAAAGUACCCGGACUGAAUUUUUGGCCACUUUCAAGGUGAUCCUUUUCCCUUGUGGACCUUUUCCCUUGGGCAUCUCUCUGCUGACAGACAGGCACACCAGACCCUGUGGAUAAAAUGUGAGAACUCCAAUAAAGCCUUUGAAAGCCAAGGCUGUUAAUCAUACAAUUAUAUGUUAGUAUUACUGCUAGACUUUUCUGAAGCUGGUUUUCUUUGAGGUCAGAACUUUUCAACUGAAAAUCUGCAACUCUGAAAAUUCUUGUUCGAAGUAUUUUCAGUAGGUGAAAUUAUAAAAAUGUUAAAUGUUAAACCAGGCCUUGCUAAGUGUCUCCUCAUCUGGAUCCUCUAACCUUGUUAUUUUGUUCAUGCUGUGGGAUAGAGGAUCUCCCACUGCAAAGGAGCACUGCCCUCAGAAAAAUGCAUAUAGGUGUGGGAAUCAGACUUUUGACUCCUACUGAUGCUCAGCAUGUGUUACAUGCUUCCUGGAAUGAGGCCUGUAAAAGUAUAGUUCACUUACUCUUGGGUGUGGUGAACUCUUUCUAAUCAAAGGUCAUCAAAUACAGGUGCUAAUUAUGGCUAGUGGCAAUAGAAAUAGGCUGAUUCCCUGGAAAUGGAUGACAAUGUCCCUCCCAGUGAGAGUUUAGAGAGGAGCACAGGUUACAGCUGAGUAAUCUCAGGUCUGGGUGCUCUGGCAUUUAAUUUUGAAGAGUCAAAUUGCAGCUUUGAUGAAUGAUAGUUUAGGACAAAAUAUAGAUUUGUCAACAAUACAUGUCUGUAUUAGAAAGACUUCACUACAAACCCUUCAGGCUUUUUGGCUACUCAUUAAUCAUGUGUGAAUACAUGAAGGGGAAGCUCAAGCUACAACUAAGGCAUUUCAGCUUCUUUUCAAUUACAUGCCAUAGCCCAAAAUAAUGCAAAAGCAUUAACCCAGCUACCACCCACUCUCCCAAGAGCCCUGUAAUGAGGCAGAUGCUUCAGAAAAUACUAGAAGCCGAGCAGUGGAUUUGGUCUUGCCCUGAGGGUGAGUUAAAACAGGUUUUUUUGUUACUUUAUAUGAAAAUAUUUAAACACAGUUAAAUGUUUGUGUGUGUCAUUCCCAUGUUUCUGUCUCCCAUGAGUACUUACAGAACCAUGUUACCAAGGGGCAAUGCCAAUGCUGUUCUAUCUAUAUGUUGACUGGUAACUGAAGCAAAGUACUCUACAGUGUAAAUAAGUACUCUUUUCACCUUUGUUGAUGUUAGUGUAAUAAUUUCCCCAGGAGUGAGUAGAAAGUUCUGGAGAUCAAAACAGCAGGGUUUUCUAAUCACAGCUCACUCAUUUUAAGGAUUUUAUGCAAUAUUUUUGUUGGCAACUCUGUGAAGAUAAAGUUGAGCAGUGUGGGGAAUGCUAGGGCCCUACUGCUGAUAUACGACGUGUAUCAGCAGGUGAGUCCUUUCUGGUGCACAGACGUGGGGUGACUAGCAUGCUUCAGGAAAAGAUCUAUAGGGGAGCUUUCUUACGUGCUGGCAGAAUGGAAAGAGACUUUCUGCUUCCUGUAAUUGACAUGAACCAGGUGACCUUUGGGUCUGACUUUUUCUUUCUUUGAAUUUUGUGUUGGAUGAGUUGACCAAGACACUGAGUGUUUUUUGAUAAAUUAAGCUUCUCAAACAAGUAUGCCUUUAAAAAAUGAAUGGGGGCCUCAAGGAAAAACAUGUCGAGUUUUUCUCCUAAUUUCAAAAUUAUAAUUUCUUUUAAAAUGCUUUUUUAAAACAUGUUUAAAUCUCAGAAAACACUGUAUUCCGUUGCUAAAUGUUUUUCUGUUACUUUUCAUUUAAAAUCCAAGAGGGGAAUAUUGAGCCAAAAUGUUUUCUUUUCCUAUUUUACAAAAUAACAUCUAGGCAAAGAAUCAUUCAGUCGUGCCACUGUUCGGGGACCUGGUUCCCGGCCGGGGUCCCUCUGCGCUGUGCGUGCCUGGCAGCACUAGAGGGAGCCUGGCGAACAAGGUUGAGUGCUGUAGCCUUGGCAGAACCAAUGCUGCAGUUCAGCCUGCUGGGUCUGAGUAUUCCUCUGUCAAUAACCUUUUCUAAGCUGUUACAAAAUUUGAACCUGGAACUUUCAAGUUUUUAAGAAGUCCAAACAAACAGAUCAGUGUGAUUUUUCUCAGGACAGAUCUCUUUGUAUGAUGCGCUGCAUAAUGUGCAGACUCCAGAGUUUCUUCCUGCAGCCUACUUUAGCCAGAUUUUUUCACAUCCAGCUGUGAACCUCUCAGAUGAUCAAGUCCCUAAGGAGUGCUCACUCUAAGCGCUACUUAGUUUGGGUUAAAAGUUGGAGCCAUAUUUCAAACUUAGAAAAAUAUGAUUUGUGAUCCUAAAAAUAGGGAUUAGUACUAGAGGACUGCAAAAACAUUUUAGUGUGCUUGAGGACUUGAAGAGGAUGAAGAGCUCUCCUGCCUCUGCAUGCUUGUAAACUAAUUAUCAGUGUUUUACAGGGCUGUAGCUGGAGAUAAUGGAGCUUACUUAGCCAGGUCUCAUUACCUUUGGUUUUGUGUAAGAGGGCCCUAGUCCUGUAGCCACUGAUAUUAAAAAUUCAGGAAUCACAGGAGUCCUCCUUGCAUAAAUGUUAAUUAUGCCUGUUCAAUCUUACGCUCACAGUGCAUCUCCUGGAAUGGCAGAGGGAGAGGCAGAUGUGCUGCCCUACCACCUAAGAAAUGAUGAUAAGACUUUCCACCUGUUUUCUCUAAACCUUCACCCCACUGCUGGGUUCACCCUCUGAGUUGUUGGCAAGCCUUUUCCUCGGGUGGAGGGUGCUGUAUUUCUGUGGUAAGGUCUCACUAAAAUGGAUCUUGACUAAAAAACCCUUUCCCUUUCUAUCCACACUUGUUAGAAUCUUUGGCCUGGAUGGGCUUUUGAAUGCCCAGAGCUUUAGGAGUGUUUAACAGAGUUUAGAAGUUGAUCUGAUACAGAAAUUAAUAGAAAAUAUGUGUCAAGGACAUUAUGCUGUCUGUGGUGCUCAGGGUUGCUGGGAGCUGCAGAGAUGGAACAGACCUGAGCAUCAGUACUAAGACUGUCAGUCUCUCUCUGAGGCAAGGAAGGAUUGGGGAUUAUUCCUUAUCUGCACUUAAGCACUUGCACAGGGGUCAGUCAUGACCCAUUGUAUCUUAAGCCUGCCCUAAGAAGAAGAUCUAAUCCUAAAAGACUGCAUAUUUGGACUCUGAACAUCUCUUUUUCCUUUCCCAGCCCAGGCGGGAGCAGAACUGGCCUUCUGCCUAUAGCACUGCUUGGUGCUUCAGGACCUCCCUCUCUGUGGUUCUGCCUGUUAUUUUCUUCUAGGGUUGGUGCUUCCUAGUUCACUGCACCCAAAGCUGCACGGGACCAUCUUGAGCCCAUCUUGAUCUACUCUGUGAGAAAUUUCCUCUUGGAAUUCUGCAUGCUGCAGAGCAGACGUGGCAAGCCCAGCAGAGCUCCACAUUCCCUGCACUUCUCUGUGGCAGGAAGGCUGUGGGGUGGUGUGUGCCAAUUCACCCAUAGAACA